CAUGUUCUCGGGACUAACAAAUCAAUUUACAUCGCUGGUGGGAGCCGUGAAGGGCGGCGCCGGCGAUGAGGAUGUACCAGCACCCACAGGAGAAGCGGCCGCAGCCGCACAGACCGCCGCAUCCACAUCCUCGGAAGCGGUGGCCGCCGCCGCAGAUCCGGAGGCAGCAGCCGCCGCUGGCGCCGAGGGACUCGAGGGCGAGGAAGCUGGCAAAAGACUUCCCAAAUCCUCAUCCCUGGUUGAUUCAUUUGUCACAGAAGCCACCGGAUGGCUGGGCAGCGCCAAGGGUUGGCUUGGAAAUGCCUCGAUACCAUCGAUGCCAGCCAUGCCGGCUAUGCCGUCGAUGCCAUCGAUGCCAGCCAUGCCAGCGAUGCCGUCGAUACCAUCGAUCCCGGGACUGCGCAAAGCCGGAGGAGCCGAAGGAGCUGAGGGCGCCGAGGGAGCUGCCGCUGGAGAGGGUGGCGCCGCCGGCAGCGGAGCCGUGAGUGGUGGCGAGGAUGACGACAAGUCGAGGUAUAUUAGCGCCACAGAGGGCGCCGACUCGCAUCCAGCUUCGGGCGGUGGCACGCCCACCGGCGACGAGGGUCAAAUCGGACAGGGUAAGGGCGAUGAAGUCAAAAUUACCACAAAAGUAACACAGCAAGCCAAACACUUUGGAUCCUUCUUGUCAUCGGCCAUCAGCAAGGCUGGCAGCAAAAUCAAGGAAACCGUCAAGGAUAAUACUAUUCUCGACUCGUUCAAUAAGGAGCAGGAGGCCUUCAUUAAAGGCCAGGGCGGUGUUGGUAAUGGAGCUGCUCCCUGGAUAGGUCAUGCCAACGAGGCCAAGAUCAAGGAGGAGAUCCUGGGACUGUCACAGGACCGUCGCAACUUCGUGCGUGCCCCGCCAGCUGGUGUGGACUUUGAGUUUAGCUACGAUACCGCUUAUCCCACGGCCAUAGCCAUUAUGGCUGAGGACAAGGCGCUGGAGACGAUGCGAUUCGAGCUGGUGCCCAAGAUCAUCACUGAGGAGAACUUCUGGAGGAAUUACUUCUAUCGCGUCUCCCUAAUCAUCCAGGCCGCCGAGCUGGGCACCCUGGGCGCUGACGGUGUGGGCCAGGCCUCCAGCGGCGAAGAUGCCAAAGAAGUGGCCAGUAAAGAGAGCAUAUCCAAGACUGCGGAGCCAGCCAAUAACGAUUCGAUUAAGGCCAUUGCCGAUCAGCCAAAAUCCUUGAUAGAUGCCGAGGGCGAGGUAUCCGAGAAGGCGACCAAGCCCACGGGCAAUGGCGACGGUGGCAAAGAGAUGUCUCAGAAAAUCUCCGAAUCGGAAUUCGUUUCGGACGAUUUUCAGACCACCUGCGAAUCGGACUUGGCUGAGAUCCAAGACGGCAUGCGAAAAUUGGGCAUUGAUAGCAUGACCCAGCAAGCCUUAGCCACGACUGAUGAGGAACAAUGGGAAAAGGAUCUGGAAGCCGAGCUCAAGGACUACGAAGUUGUUGAUGAAGGCGGCACCAGCGGCGGCGGCGGCGGCGGUGGAAGCAGAAAAGGCCGAAGGACGAAGAACGAGGAGGAGGUGGACGAGGAGGAGGACGAACCGACAAUAUCAAACUUGCGCACACGCUCAACUAACAACGAAUGGGAGGAGUACGCCGAUUUAAUUGAGGAUACCGAUGAUUUAAAGUAAUUAAGAGCUUAUAUCGUAGUUUCUUCUAAGUUGGCUCUAAGUUUAUAACUAUCUUUACUUUAUCUUUCUUUCCAUUCCUUUCUAACCUUGUUUCCUACUUGAUUGAUUGAUUACCCCACAAUAUUGUUAAAACCAACCAAAAAAAAAAAUAAUACUUAAAAACAAACCAAACCAAUUGAAAUUUUGAAAUAUUCAACCACAGAACUUUGAAGUGCCUAAAGCGCACCAUGUUGGGCUAUCCAUGAGACGAGGCAGUCCCAGCGCUCUUCUAGUGCCGGUGGUCCAGAGCCCCACUCCUAACCAGGGGGGCCUGCCUUGUGGUGGCCUAUUGGAAAAGUUGGUUGAGAUACCCAAUGUUACCCCAACCUCACACUCACUCAAUUAUUGGCUAAGAGCAAUGCGUUCUAUUCAGUUACCUUCAGACAUGAUAUAAGACACUAAACCAAAAGAUAUCGAUUUUAUUCAACCUUAAAGUUUUAAUCAAAAAAGAAAAGAAAAUGAAAUCCCAGCCCAUGCCAAUCUGGUAUUCUAUGUAUCUACUAUAUUCUCUUAUAUUUGGUUCAAACACCGAGUGGCAGCGGUAUAUAGGGUCGUCGGUAUUACUUGCCAAUUGUUCAGCACACGAAAUCCGAAAUCCGGCAGUCAGAGGCCUAUCAAUAAGUACUUAUAUAGAAUUACACCUAUACACACCUACGAAUGCAGGCUAAAGGACAAGCUGGCUAUAAUGCUAUAGAUGCAGAUCAUAUUUGAAUAUAGUGACUAACAAUUGAGUAAAACCAAACAGAGAAAGUCAACAAAUAAGCUUCAAAUGGGAAAAUUUUGUUAUUUAUAUUUAUAAAUAAAUUAUAUAUACACAUAUAUAUAUACAGAUAAAUUAAUGCAUUUGAAUUUAAUGUGUAAAAAUUAUUAUAAUAAAGAUAUAGAUAUAAUAUAUGUAAAGAUACGUGACACCCAAAAUAAAAGUUGAAAAUUUCAGUUAAGAUAUGCUUUAUAAAGCAAUUUUCUUUAAAAAAAAAAAUAAAUUUGCAGUUGAUAUACAUUGAAGCGGAGUAAAAAAUGCUAGCAAAUCAUUAAUUGAGAGUAAAAAAAUAAAUUAAUUAAAAACAACAUUGAAAAGUAUUAUUUCUCCCUCAAAUAGUUUAUAGUUAAACGAAAAUAUUAAACAUUUAAUUAAUUAUCAUUGAUUGAUGCUUAAACCACAUGUUAAAGUAAAGAAUAAAAUUAAUUAAAAUGAAUAAAAUAAAAAGUAUCUAUUGUUUAGCUCAAUUAAAUGGCUCGCCAACAAGUUUUGUUUUACUGAAGAGUUUAAGUUUGAGACUCCAUCUUCUUAAGAUUCUUUUAAGCAAACUCUCACCUUGCUGUUCCACUAACGAACUAACUUCCUUGAUCGAAACUAAAACCAAAAUGCCAAAACAAUAAUAUCUGGAUUGGACUUUGAUAGGCGGAGGAACUAAAAACGCAAUUAACAAAUUUCAAGUAACAAAUGAAUGAAAAGUAAACGCAAUUAUAAACAAUAAGCAGUUCAAAACCUUUGAAACAAAUAUAUACACAUAUAUAUUUAUAUACUUCACUAGACAAAUUUUUAUGCAUAAACUAAAAACAAACAAAUUCUAUUAUCAAUGUUUUUGCUCUAAAUGUCUAACUAAUUGUUAAUAAAACGAAAAUCAAAUUAUUUUCUGCAGAUGAAACGUUAAAUAAAAUUGCUAUGAAUGUGUAAUUAUUUGUUAGCAGUGAAAAAAAAAAUAUAUGAAAGCGAAGAAUAAAAAGUGAGGAUUAAAUAAAAAAAUAAAAGUUAUGACAUUAAAUUGUAUAUUGUACAUUUAAUUUUAAACAAAUGAAAUGUAUUUACACGAAACGGCAUCAAAUAUGAUAAACUUAACAAAUUUUAAAAUUUAUAUUUACUUUGUGCGUUUUUAAACAUGUUGGCGACACAAUGACAAGCAAAUUAGUUCAUAAACCAAACUAAUAAUAACAAUUAAUGAUAAAUAAUGUAAUAAUGUUGACAACAUACAUAUGUAUUUUACAAGGCAGAUUAACCUAACCCAACCCCCCAAACCCAACAACCCGAUCCACACCGAUCCCGAAAGAUAUAUCAAGCCCUGCAUUGGCACUUUCACACAUAUUUUAUUGUCUGCAAACAGUUUAUUAUUGAAAGAAGCGAAGUAUAGAAGGCGAACAAUUAAAUUAACGUUUAUGAGCAAGUUUGUUGAACCGCAUUCCAUUACUAUAACAUUGCAAAUGAAAUAAAAUAUAUGUAUAUGUACUAAUUAAAUUAUAUCACCCCAAAAAAGAAACUGAAAACAAAAAGUAUAAAUUAGUUGUUUAACGAUUGAUGAUAUUUAGACAAAGGAGAACGCCAUGGAGCUGCCUCCGAAUGCAAAAUUAGCCAACAGAAGGCAGAGAAACACUCCUUUAAAUGCCAUAGAACAUUCUUUCCACUUAAUGUAAAACAAAUCGCGCCGCAGAUCGUGGGGUUCCUUCACUGAGAACGCCCUAAAAACUAAGCACAGCAAAACGGGAAAUAAACAUUUUGUGUAAAGUUCGAUGACAGGACCGAAGACACCAGCAUGAACACAUACGAGUAUAUAUACAUAAUAAUUAUAUAUAUGAGAACAAUUUAACGAGAUUAAAUCAACUAAAGUAAUAAAGGGAAAGUGUAUAACUAUUAAAACUAACGAAA